AACUUUUGACAAUUGAACACCUCCGUACAGACUUGAAUACAAAUCCUUAUAUAAACCCAAUUCUCCAUUCUUCAUGUAUUCAAACACAGAAACCUCUCCUACCUAAAUAAUCUAACCCCAUCUGCAAACCCAAUUGGGAAAUCGCAUUCUUUAUUUCAUUUGUUCAAGAUGAGUUUCAUGAUACUUGAAUUGAUCCAAUACUUCUUCUUGCAAAUGGUUCUCAACAGGUUCGCCAGAAUCUUGAAGUUUUUCUCCCGAUGCAAGUUUUUCAUCCACCGCCAACUUGGGUUUUCUCUAGAACACUCCAAGAUUCAAGUUGAAAAGAAGAAUCUUGAUUCCAGAUUGUCGAAAUCACACCUUUCGUUCACCAACAGAAUCAUCGUUGAAGAUGGGAGCGUUCGGAGAGAUGAAAUGGAAUUGGUGAUGGCGAAUUUGGGGGUUUUUGGUCAUCCUGAAGACCAGAAAUUGCCAGAAGUGUUGACAUCUGCAGAUUUGUUCAAUAUUUUCGAAGAGGAAGAGCCAAAAUUGGAGGAAGUGAAAGAAGCUUUUGAUGUUUUUGAUGAGAACAAAGAUGGGUUUAUUGAUGCAAGGGAGGUGCAGAGAGUUCUUUGUGCAAUAGGAAUGAAGGAAAGGGCAGCCAUGGAAGACUGUAAGAAGAUGAUCAGAGCGUUUGAUGAGAACGCCGAUGGUAGGAUAGAUUUUAGCGAGUUUGUGAAGUUUAUGGAAAGCACUUGUUUUUGAAAACUCCAGAGUAUUAUCAUUCGUUUGUUGUUUAUAUUCUUUUAGAGAAGGGUGUUAUUGGUAUAUAAAUGCUUUGAAUUUAUAUUGAAAUUGUAUUUUGAGGUAUGAAUUCAAAGGAUUAUUUUCUGAC